AGAGAAUUAACUGGAGACUACAAGGAAACUAUACACGUUUACGCGAGUGAAAUGCAUUAAAACCAUGGACCACUACAGCAGAAGAGAGUGAGAGGUGGUAUUAUUCAGGGUGGGCAGCGGACAAGUUCCCCCCCCUCACCGCUAUGGAUGACUCACAGGAAGUGCCCGAGCCACAGACAAAGAAAGCUCGGCAUGAACCAGAGGCCAGUCAGGAGAAGGACCUGAGGAGCGGAGUGUUGAAUGACAAGAGGUCCUCUCCUGACAGGAGCGACACAGCAGUUCUGGGGUCAGAGGUUGACUCUUAUCCUCCCUCAUCUGUCUCUCACCUUGAUGGAGUAGUUUCCAGUAGCCAAGAGCAGUCAAGCCAAGAGACGACAUCAAGAACGCAAGCAUGUGAGCCAGGCAACCCUUACACACACAACGCCGUGACCUGCAAAGACCUUACGACCACUACAGCCACUGAAUAUACCUCACAGGUCUACCCAGACAGCAACCCUGUGGUGACUGCGUAUGGCAGCCAGGUUGGCUUCCCUUCCCUGGGUCAGUCAUCCUUGUACAGCACCUUUCCCCAGGCCAGCCAAACCUACGGCCUCCCUCCAUUCGGAGCACUGUGGCCGGGUAUUAAAGCGGAGUCAGGGCUGCCUGAGGUGCCCUCUCUCGGCCAGCCCGGCUUCCUCUGCUUCAGCACGGCAUAUACCUCAACGCAGCCGGGCCAGGCGCACUACUCCUACCCCAGCCAAGGCUCCUGUUUCACCACGUCUAGUGCGUAUAGUAACGUCUCCUCAGCAGCUGCCGCCACCACAACCACGGUGACUCAUCAGGACUUCACCGGCUACAACUCUCUAGCACAAACCCAGUUUUCCCAGUACUACACGCCUCCACCCAGUUAUCUGCCCUCGGGGCUGCCUAACAGCGAGGGAGAUGGAGCUGGCGGCGCGGUGGUGUCUGGGUAUCCGGCCGUGAAGACUGAGGACAGCGCGUCGGCUGGCCUCCCCAGUACCACAGAUGUGUCUCCACACGUAACCCUACCCACGACAGUGGCUCCUCUGACAGGGUCCAGGGAUCAGGAUGAUCCGGGUCGCAGAAACUCGACGGGAAAAGCCAAAGGGAAGGCCAAGAAAUCCGACAGCUCUCCGUCCACUGACAACGACCUGGAGCGAAUCUUUCUUUGGGACUUGGAUGAGACCAUCAUCAUCUUUCACUCUCUUCUCACCGGUUCCUUUGCACAGAAAUUUAAUAAGGACCCAGCCACUGUGCUGAAUCUCGGCCUUCAGAUGGAGGAGCUGAUCUUUGAGCUGGCAGACACUCAUCUCUUCUUCAAUGAUCUGGAAGAGUGUGAUCAGGUUCAUGUGGAGGAUGUCGCCUCUGAUGACAACGGCCAGGAUCUUAGCAAUUAUAAUUUUGCCACCGACGGCUUUAGCGGCUCCAUUGGAGGAGGAGGCCCUGGCUCCACCGCGGGGGUGCAGGGAGGAGUGGAGUGGAUGCGCAAACUGGCUUUUCGGUAUCGUCGCCUCAAGGAGAUCUACAAUAAUUACAAAGGAAACGUAGGAGGCCUCCUGAGCCCAGUGAAAAGGGAAAUGCUACUUCGGCUACGCUCCGACAUCGAGACUGUGACGGACUCCUGGCUCAGCACUGCCCUCAAAUCUCUACUGCUCAUCCAGUCCAGGGGCAGAUGCAUGAAUGUUCUGGUCACCACCACACAGCUGGUCCCCGCGCUAGCCAAAGUGCUUCUCUACGGCCUGGCAGAUGUCUUCCCCAUUGAGAACAUCUAUAGCGCCACCAAAAUCGGAAAAGAGAGCUGUUUUGAGCGCAUUGUCUCCCGCUUUGGAAAGAAGGUGACGUACGUGGUUAUAGGGGACGGCCGAGAUGAGGAAUUUGCCGCAAAGCAGCACAACAUGCCGUUCUGGCGCAUUUCCACCCACGGAGACCUGGUGUCGCUUCAUCAGGCUUUGGAGCUGGACUUCUUAUAGAGGAAGAGAUGGGAACAUGAAGGUAAACCUUUUGAGGGCCUGUCACUGGGCAGUUCUAAACGCUCCCCUUAGAGAGGUGUUUGGUGAUACCAUCAUUCCUCCCCCCCUCCCCCCUCCGAAUAAACACACACACACACACUCACACACUCAACCAUCCGAACCCUUCGCGGCUGCGUCGGUGGACAUGGGUGGGACUCGGAAUGUUUG